AUGGACAAAAAGUUAAGGCACUUCCUGACGCUGAGGACAAGGUACGUUCCUGACGCUGAGGACAAGGUUCCUUACGCUGAGGACAAGGUUCCUGACGCUGAGGACAAGGUUCCUGACGCUGAGCACACGGUUCCUGACGCUGAGCACAAGGUUCCUGACGCUGAGCACAAGGUUCCUGACGCUGAGCACAAGGUUCCUGACCCUGAGGACAAGGGUCCUGACGCUGAGCACAAGGUUCCUGACGCUGAGGACAAGGUUCCUGACGCUGAGGACAAGGUUCCUGACGCUGAGGACGAG